AAUCCCGGCCGCGAGGGCCCUGCGAAGCUGUGCGCAUGCGUCAGCGUGUCGGUGCGCCGGGUCAGGGGUCAGCCCACAAGAUGGCGGCGGCAGUGACCUUCUGCCGGCUGCUGGGCCGGAGCGGCACGGCGGCGCUGAGCCUGCCCCGGGGCGCCAGGUGUUUGGCGGUGCGGACGUCGCCGACCGGGGAGAAGAUUACGCACACCGGGCAGGUUUAUGAUGAUAAAGACUAUAGGAAAAUUCGGUUUGUGGGUCGUCAGAAAGAGGUGAAUGAAAACUUUGCCAUCGAUUUGAUAGCUGAGCAGCCCGUGAGUGAGGUUGGAGAUCGUGUGAUUGCGUGCGAUGGCGGCGGGGGGGCUCUCGGCCACCCGAAAGUGUACAUAAACCUGGACAAGGAAACAAAGACGGGGACGUGUGGCUACUGUGGACUGCAGUUCAGACAUCAGCAUCACUAGCACGACGUGCAUCGUGGUCCCGGGGGCCAUGCGUGCGGGCCGCCCGGCGUGAACAUACAACAGAGCCUCUUGCCGGUGCCGAAUAAAUGGUGUUGUCAUCCCGGA